AUGGAGAAAUCCGAAACCCCUUACCCAUUCGAAUACGACAGUCAUAAAAGUUAUGGAGAUCUUGAAGUCAUCCCGGGAUAUGUAAUGGAAGCCAGAAGAAGCCACAGUGGGCUACAGGGUGACUCUCAAUCGGAGGCGGGAAGGGGUUACGGAAAUCUCGAAGUUGUUCCUGAAAAUGGGAAGGAGGUCGUAUACAACUGCGAUGCUCCAAUUUGGGUGUCCGGUCCAGGUAGAGGUUUUGGGAGACUUGAGGAGACCACAGCCAACAAUGGACUGCGAAAAGGCUCGAUAUGUGGACUACAACCUCCAACUUUCUGGAUUUUACUAGUGGUUAUAGUAUUAGUGAUUGGUGGCGCCGUCGGUGGAGGAAUUGGAGGAGCAUUGGCCGUUCGAAAUCGAGACGGCGCGUCUCCAACAAGUGGAAGCAAUACCAAUCCUAGUACGACGUUAUCGAGCAACACUGGCACGAUCACCGCAACUUCAUUACCCAUAACAUCAUCUUCAUUACCCAUAAUAUCAUCUGCAUUGCCCAUAACAUCGUCUGCAUCCGGCACCACUACAAUUGCCACCGCAUCAACAACUUCCUCGGCACCCGUUACCUCGGGCACAACAGGGUUAGCAGCAAACCCAUGUCCCGGGCAGAACCUAACGACGAUUCAAGGAUCGGAUGACUCGAUUUUCACAUUGCUAUGCAGCGUCGACUGGCCCAAUGGGGAGAAUUCGGCAUACGGCAACGAGACAGUCACCGAUUUGAGCAUCCCAACGACUGCAUAUACGUUGAAAGAAUGCAUUGCGGACUGCAUAGACUUUAAUACCGCAGCACCAGAUGAGUCACCCUGCAGAGCCGUUGUAUAUGCUGCCAACCUGACGGCUUCAUUUGACGGCGGGCAAGGUGGGAAUUGCUUCCUGAAGAAUACUGUCGGCAGAUACUUUCCUAGUUCGGAUACUUCGAUGGCUGCUGGGAUCUUGGGAGGGGGUAGUUUCUAG